AACCUUCUCCAUUAAUCCGGUACCUUUUUUUGAUGGGGAGGGGAAAAAAAAAAAAGCUAAAUUAUCUCUUAUAUAACACUAGUGUAUUUAUUUUACUGUAAAAACUACCACAAGACUUCCACCAUAUUUUUUCCUUGGUAUUUUAAAUUCAACUACCAUUCAACACUUUUUAUCCCACCAUUGUAAAUACGAUCAGCAAGGUAGGAUGCGACUUUUCCGCGAGAACAUGGCAAAAAUACCAUAUGCAGCACCAGCUCACUCAGAUGGAGUUGAGUGGUUUAUAAGGUGCGUACAAAGGAUGAUUUUAGCUCGCCAAAUGCUCUACGAGGGCAUACGAAUAUGCGGAGAUGAGGAUAAAGUCGCAAGUACAAUUGUAGAAAAAUUAAGGAGAGGAGCUUGGCAGUUGACUGGAAGAGAGUGGCAAGAAAAAGAAAGUAAUGCUUACAAUGAUGAAACUAGCGUUAUUUUGAGGGAGGAACAGGAAGGAAAUUGGGUGAUGGUGAAACAGUGCCGAGGACGAGGCGAUGGCGUUGAAUAUUCUUUGUGCCCUGGAAGUGGGGGAGAACAAGUAGCAAGACACGAAACCGAAGAAACAACCGAGCAGACAACUACUUUUCAUAACUUCUCAUCCGCUGCGGAUGCCGCCGUAUUGAAAGAUCACCGUGCACCCAGCGGGAACAACAUUUCAAAAACCCACAUAAUGAAACCAUUCUUCGAGUCUUUGCUUUACGCUUCGGCAUGCCUUCAGUACGCGAUAGAUCAGUACACGUACACAUUAUAUGGCAUUAAUGCCAAAUUUCAAAUGGCACUCGAAGAAGAGCUAAAGCUCGAACUUUUUGAAGCAAUUUUGAAUAAAUAUCCUCGAUUGAACGGAACUGCAGGCAAUGAAGAUGGAGAAGAGAAAAAAGGGAAAGUACCAGAAUGGGGAGAAAGGUUAUUUGAGGAGGUCGAAGUUUCAAUAGAAGAAGGACAAAACUUAUUACGACAAAAAAGAACAAUUUUAUUACGAGGAUAUAAAAAUAUGAAAUGAGGGAUAGAAAUUUGAAGGGGGUUUUUGUUCUUUUUUUUUUGUUUGGCAGUUCCUAAAAAUAGUAAGACUUAUCUUAAAGUAUUGAAUGUAUUGAAUUCUUUUUUCCCGCAAUUUUCUUGAUUUUUUAUCAUUCAGAAUAUUAAUUCUAUUAAUAUUCCUUUUUUUUUUUUCUUUACCUUGCUCGUUAAGGUAUUCCGAAGUUUGGCGUUAAUCAUUAUCGUUGUUUUUUUU